AUGAUCGCCGAUGUGGAAAAAGCCUUCCAUAUGAUAUACUUACAAGAAUCAGAACGCGACUCCGUCAGAUUUCUGUGGCUCAAAGAUGUUAACCUACCGCCACUACCACACAACAUACGAAUUCUUCGCUUCUGUCGGCUACCAUUUGGAAUAAAUGCGUCACCAUUCCUGCUUGGAAUCUCAAUCCAAUACGGUAUAGAACAACAAAAGCAACAAGAUGACACGAUCGUUCAUCGCUUGGUCGAAAACUUAUACGUCGACAAUGUGCUCAUGAUUGACCAUUCAACACAAUCACUUCUUCACACUUACCACGUCUGCAAAAAGAUUUUCAACAAUAUGUCUAUGAAUCUCCGUCAGUUCCUCCGGAGUUACUUCUCAGAUCCAAUGUCUGUUGAGUUGAAAGAUGAUGAAAUGCACGAAGUUCGAGAGACGAAUCCCGAUUAG